CGCUCUAACCAACUGAGCUAUUCCAGCUUUGUUGUUUAAACUUGGAUACUAAUUAUAUUCAUUUCAAUGCAAUUUACGCGACAAAGCCAUUUUACAGACACACAGUAUCGGUAUCAGAGAGGAGAAGAGAACGGUGAAGACUGAAACUAGCAAUCGAAAACGCAACAACAUGCUUCAAUUCAUGAAUGAAUGAAUGAAGAAAAAUGGCGAAAAAACUUUUGAAAUUGAAUGUUCCAUGUAGAAGAAGAUCAUUCUCCUCUGAAACUCCCUCUCUUUACUCAUUCCUUCAACCUUGUUUGUUUUCCAUCAACAACAACAAAUCUCAUGUUUAUGAUGAUGAUAAUGAACCCCAAAAUCUCCCAACUUCAGCACCACAAUCACUCUCUCUCACACCUAACCAACUUACUACUCUUCAAACAACUCUCCACAAAUCCCUCAUCACUACUCAAACUGAUGAAGCUUGGAAAUCAUUCAAAACCCUCACUACCCACCAUUCCUUCCCACCUAAACCCCUCACCAAUUCCCUUCUCACCCACUUAUCCUCUCUUGGUGACAUUCACAAUCUCAAAAGAGCUUUUGCAUCUACCAUCUUUCUCAUUCAAAAGAAUCCCAACCUUCUCCAUUUCGAUACAAUCCAUACCAUACUUCUUUCAAUGAAGUCUGCCAACACUGCUUCCCCUGCUUUUGCACUUGUUAAGACAAUGUUCAAAAACAGAUUUUUUAUUCCUUUUCAUUCGUGGGGCAGUCUGCUCGUUGAUAUUGCUAGGAACAAUGGUAACCUUGCUGCUUUCUUGCCUCUUUUUGAAGAGAAUUGCAGGGUUGCUUUCGAUGAGAAGUUGAAUUUCAUGAUGCCUGAUGUUUCUGCUUGUAAUGCUGCUCUUGAAGCUUGCUGUUUUCACCUUGAAUCGGUAAGCGAUGCUGAGAGAGUUGUUGGAAUAAUGUCAAAUCUUAGUGUUAAGCCUGAUGAGUUUAGUUUUGGAUUUCUUGCUUAUUUAUAUGCACUUAAAGGUUUACAAGAUAAGAUAGAUGAGUUAAAAGUUUUGAUGACUGGUUUUGGUUACUCAAAAAACUAUAAAUGCUUUUAUUCUAAUUUGAUUAGUGGGUAUGUUAAGUCUGGUAAUUUAGCUUUUGUGGAGUCGACUAUUCUGAGUAGUCUGAAUGAUCGAGAUGGGGGGGAAGUUUGGAAAUUUGAUAGAGACACUUUUUGUUUAGUAAUUAAGGAAUAUCUUCAGAAGGGAAAUAUUAAGGGUUUAGCUAAUUUGAUUAUUGAAGCUCAGAAAUUAGAGUCUUCAAAUAUCAAAGUUGAUGAGUCUAUAGGUUUUGGUAUUGUUAAUGCAUGUGUUAGUAUUGGACUUUCGGAUAAAGCACACAGUAUUCUUGAUGAAAUGAAUGCUUUGGGAGGCUCGGUGGGUCUUGGGGUCUAUGUACCCAUCUUAAAGGCUUACUGCAAAGAAAAUCGAACUGCUGAGGCUACUCUAUUGGUGGUGGAUAUUAGUAGUUCUGGUCUUCGGUUGGAUGUGGAAACCUACGAUGCUCUGAUAGAAACGUCCAUGUCCGGUCAAGACUUUCAGUCGGUCUUUUCUCUGUUUAGGGACAUGAGAGAGGCGAGGGUUCUUGAUUUGAAAGGGAGUUACUUGACUAUAAUGACAGGUUUGAUGGAGAAUAAUCGACCUGAGUUGAUGGCAGCUUUCUUAGAUGAAGUGGCUGAGGAUCCUCGUAUUGAAGUUGGUACUCACGAUUGGAAUUCUAUAAUCCACGCUUUUUGUAAAGCUGGGAGACUAGAAGAUGCACGGAGGACUUUCCGAAGGAUGACAUUCCUGCAAUUUGAGCCAAAUGAUCAGACAUACUUGUCACUGAUUAACGGAUAUGUUUCGGCACAGAAAUAUUUUGAUGUAAUGAUGUUGUGGAAUGAGGUUAAGCGCAAGUUAUCGGUGGAUGGACCAAAGCGGAUCAAAUUUGACCAAAAUCUGGUUGAUGCAUUCCUGUAUGCUAUGGUCAAGGGAGGUUUCUUUGAUGCUGUGAUGCAAGUUGUGGAGAAAUCUAAAGAGAUGAAAAUAUUUGUUGAUAAGUGGAGAUACAAACAAGCAUUCAUGGAGACCCAUAAAAAGCUCAAAGUGGCCAGGUUAAGAAAAAAGAAUAUUAGAAAAAUGGAAGCGCUUAUUGCUUUCAAGAAUUGGGCUGGCUUAAAUGCGUGAGCUAUAUGCACUGGUGCGUGGCUACUGCUUAUCUCAAGGAUUAAACCAUGACUUCUGGAUAAAACAGCUUAAACUGAAAGUUGAGGACGUAUUCAACAUUCAUGUUCCUUCAAGAAGCAAGCUUGAAUUUCACAACUUUAGAGCACUUCAAUUUCAUACUUACUUUGAUAACAACAGAAGUUUGGGCUUGCGGGUUUAUGUACACUUGGAGAGUAUACAGUAUUGUUUGUUCGCAUGGUGAUGUCAUGAGUGGCAAAAUGAGAUAUAAGUGUGUUUUAUCUUGAAAAAGAAGUUGGGCAAGAGGUUACAACUUAAAGAGAGUAGACUGCUGGCGGAGAAGGAAGAGAUUGAACUUUGUAGGCGGGUGAAUUUGAAGUGUUCAUGCUGCAUUGGUAAGUUGUAUGAUGUUGUAGAAGUAGCUGUGAAGAAUGUCAUGUCCACUUGUCGCAAAAAUUGCAAAAGUAUAGACCAGAUAUGAGUUAUGUCAAACUAUGAUUUUCAAAGUAGUACUUGCACAUAUAUAUGUAUACGUCCAAAAAUGAGGUAUGACAAACUAUAAUUUUUAUUCUAAAAUAUUGCUUUAUUAGCUAAAGGCACUGAGCAUUCUUUUUGCUCAAACAAACUUAUCAUUUGCUAAUGAUACAAUCUGACUCUAUAGUCUUCUUUUCACGUAAUAAUGAGUGACUUACAAGUCUUGUGAUCCAAAGCCUGGCCAGCAACAACAAUGGAACAAACAACAGCUAAUAUUGAAAUGAUAGAGGCAGCAUACAUUGGGGAAGUACACAUCUGCAAUGGAAAAAAAAAAAAAAACAUUUUUCUCUCGUUACACCCAUCCUUAUGUGUCAAAAACCUGUUUUGUUAUCCUGAAUUAUCUUUUUUGUUAUAGACUUUUAUCAUCCCUUUCAUAUACUCACAUUCAAAUAGUUUUGAGUUUAUUUUGUGUAAUCUAAUCCGUUAUAAUUUGCCGAACUUCGAAUUAGAUCCAUUCUAUAUUCAGCUUAUGUAAUCUAAUCUGUUAUAAUUUUCCGAACAUGGAAUGGAUCUACUUGCCGGAGAGCUCUCACUUAUGUCUGCAAUUGCAGCUGGAUAGCUUGUUAAUUAAGAGUCACAUGAAAUAUAACCGAUCUACCAAAGAUGUCACCAAAGUUGCUUCAUGAGCUGGUGCGGACAUAGCCUUCAAACUAGACUUCAUUAAUAUAUGGUCCAUGUGAGGAGAUCAUAUUUUUGUCAAGUUGUACAGAAGAAAUUAAAUAAGACCAAGUUUGAUUCAUCUAUUUUUUGGGGAAAAAUAUCACUAGUGUUGUAGUUUGUCUCAAUUCAGGUUUUAGUCAAAAAAUAAACAUUAUUAUUCUGGUUAAUGCGUUGAUUUCAUUUUUGUAAUGAAUAUGUAUAUUUUAAAUGAUAAAAAAGUGAAGCCUUUUAUCAAUUAAGAGGCUUUUUCACUUGUCAUAGGGACUAUUUGUUGGUCUGCUAGUAGUGAGCUUAUUUACUUUUCAAUGCUUACUGUGUCAAUGUUUUCUGGAUUUUGUAGGUGGAUCACUUAGAAGAGGUCAAUGAGUAUUUACUUUUCAAUGCUUACUUGUGACAUAACAAUUAAAUUGUGUGUCCCACUCAUGUCUUUCAUAUAGUAAUCAUGUUGCAGUUUAGGUUUUAUAGAAUUCAGUCAUGGAAAGUAAUUAUUUGUACUUGUUGGCAAUAUCCAGAAGUAACUAAAAGUAGAAUGACUUAGUAUCUGUUGUUGAGUAGGUCUUCCUUAAUCUGUGUUGCUUAUUUUCCUUUUCAAGCAACUUACCACUUAUAACGUUUAUUGCUAAUUCGGUCUUUAGUUUUAGCCUAGAAAAAAGUAACUCUUACUCUUAAUAACGAAUAGUUUUCUCUCCUCUACAAGAUUAAUGCAUGUGUGUAACCUUUUCUUGAAAUAGGAUGAGGCUGAUUACAUGUUAUUUACUAAUUUCUCAUGGGGAAGGAUAAUACUAACAUUCUGAUGGAAUCAGGUACAUGUGACUUGUUCUGGUCAUGAUUCAUGAAGAGAAUGUUAAACAUGCAUCCUUAAAAGUUGCUUCAGUUCAGCAAAUGCAGGUUUGGGUAAAUGGUUUGAGCUUUAUCAUGAGGAUUGAUGCCUUAUGCCUAUAUCACUUAAAUGAGCCUGAGGUGGCAAAAUGUGAAAAAGGGUUGGCAUUAUUGCGGCUGAGCUGGAUGGUGGCCAGACAAAGUGGAGGAUGCUGAGUGUGAUUUUAAUGGAUAUAUGUUUUCUAUGAGGAACUAUGCAGGAAAUGAAGAGUCAUCUGUUGCUUUGUUCACCAAAGGUGACGGGUGCUAAGUGAGAAUUCUGUCAAGAUUUUAUAACUUGACUAUGUUUGGAUUUGUUGCUAUCAUGGAGGCAGGGCAGGUAUGGAUGUUGAAUCGACGAGGCUCGUCCAAAAUUAUAGAGAGGUGGUAUGGUGCUUUUUUGUGAUCGUUUUGUUAUAUAUAUAUAUAUACUGCACAGAUAUGGAGAGUGGUGGAUUUCCUGCAGUUUGUUUUGAACUGUUUUGGUCGAGGAAUUUUAUCUUGCAGUACAUGCACAUUAUACUGUUUUUGGUACGUUUUCUUUUUCUAUACUUAUGCGGAGGUUAUGUGGUUGGAUUUUGUUUUGAUUUUGAAAUGUAAUUAGAUUCUUUUGACGAGAGUGCGUGGUAUUCUUCCUACUAGAAGGUUUGAAGACUGACUCUUGAUGUCCACUUUACUGUAAUUCCACACCACUAUAUUAAAGCUGCUUUGGUUUUCUUC